AUGAACACAAUUGCUGCCGGUCGCCGCUCGCAUCGAAAGUCGCGGAUGGGGUGCGCGCAAUGCAAAAGGCGAAAAGUCAAGUGCGAUGAGAACAGACCCAGCUGCCACAACUGCACAAGGCACAUGGUGUCCUGCUCCUUCGAUGGCUCCCCAGCACCUCAACCCAGUCAUGAUGAUAAAGACCGGCCUGCUGGACCUGCGCUGGCGCCAAUGAGGCUGAAUCAAGCACCGGAAAGUGCUACCACAGCUACAGCUACAGCUAGCCCAGCAACCUCAUGGCCGAUAUCUUCAUCACAACCAUCGCAAAGCCCGCAAAACCAUAACUUGGAACCACAGAUUCCGUUAACGCCUAGUUGGCAGGUCUUUGAUAUGGAACUUAUACAUCAUUAUAUGGUAUCAACAUGCUAUACAUUAUCCCGGAAUCCGUCUGUACAAGCUGUCUGGCGCGACGAAGCACCCCGCGUCGGAUUUGCCAUGCCCGCGGUGCUGCAUGUGAUUCUGGCUGUAUCAGCUCUACAUCUUGCACGCUCAGAUCCCUCGCGACGCGCAAGGUGUAUAGCCCACGCGCACAUGCAUCAUAACGCAGCCGUUCGCGCAGUAACUCCAAACCUACAAUCCUUAGCCUCCAACAAUGGUGUCGGACUGUUCCUCUUCUCCUCACUAAUCUGCAUGUUUGCCUGCGCAAACGCCAAGUUCGAAGAUAAGAACUUUCUCGUCUUGUUUGAAAGGGGCCAUCUUGCUGAAUGGGCUUUACUAUUUCGCGGCACAAGAACAAUUAUUAAUUACAGCAGUCACGACUUUGAGACCGGCAUACUCGGCUCGAUAUUUAUGAAUGGGGCCCGAUCGAGGGCGGCUCGUCUUGCGCAAUCUCUCGACCAGGCACAGGUGUAUACCUGGGAAUUGAAAAGGAUGAUCUCCGCGGAGUACGCGCACGAUCCGCGAACCCGCCGAAUCUAUGAUGAAGCCGUGGAUUCACUGGGCCGAACACUGGCUGUCGUGAUGAAGCCGGGUGAAGGCACCAGGCUUCAGACCGCGGAUGUAUUUGCUUGGAUACUAGAGGUAUCCAAUGAAUAUUUGGAAAUGUUAGGGCAGGAAGACCCGGUGGCAUUGAUUAUAUUUGCGUAUUAUUGUGUGGGGUUGCAGCAGAUUGAGUGGAUGUGGUGGAUGGAAGGACUGAGUAGUCGGCUUCUAAUGCAGUUGUACUCAGUGUUGGAUGAAAAGUAUCGCGGCUGGUUGCGAUGGCCGCAGGAGCAGAUAGGGUGGCAUCCCCCGGAGUCGAUAAUCGUCGUAUAG